AUGGCGAAGACUUCCGUCCUCGCGCUUCUGAGCGCAAUUGCGUCCGUCACAGCAGAGACAUACAACGUCCCAGCGAAUCCAACAACUUCCGGCCAACCAUUCGACAGUUUCGUCAGCUACUCUAUUGAAUUCUCCUCAUUCCCCGACUUUGCAGGCAAUCUCUCCCACCCCAACAAAUACUCCUACAACCUCAUCAAAAACAUCCACGCCCUCUCCAACACCAACCCCAUCUUCCGCGUCGGCGGCAACACCCAAGACUUUGCCCUCUACAACGCCUCCCAAACCGCCGCCCUCAUCGGCAUAGUAGACCCCAACCGCUCCCCCGACUACCCUACCACCAUCACCAUCGGCAAAGCCUACUUCGAGAGCUACAGGACAUGGCCGGGCGUCAAGUUCUCGCACGGCUUCAACAUGGGCCUGGGGGGCAAGACCCCCGAGGGGUGGCAGACGCUCGUGGACACGGCGCCGCUGGCGUGUCAGGCCCUCAGACACGGAAACUUGUAUACCUGGGAGUAUAGCAAUGAGCCUGACCUGUUCACCUCGGGGACGUAUGCGCCUAGACCGAAGGGGUGGAAUGAGACUGCCAUGGUGGACGAGUGGUUGAAGGGAACGGAUGAGAUUCGCAGCCAGGUUAAGAGAUAUUGUCCCGAGAUUGACGUCAAGUUUAUUGCGCCGUCCAACGCUGGUGCGAAUAAUGCUUUGAAAGCGACAAAGAUGUGGGCUGCUGGCCUGGAUAAGCGGAAUGAUAUCGAAAUGUUUUCCACGCACAACUACAUCGACGGCGCCAAAGUCCCUGGUGUUACCCUCCAAGGCACGCUCAUGAACCACACCCGCACAAAACAGUCUGUAAACAACCACAUCACCGAAUACAACGCCAUCUUCAACACCACAAAGUCGCCACCGCCCCUCAUCUUCGGCGAGACCAACUCACUGUACAACCAAGGCCGCCCAGGUCUAUCCAACACGUUUGGCGCUGCACUCUGGGGCGUCAACUUCAACAUGUACUCUGCGUCAGUGGGCUUCAAACGCGUCCACAUGCAUCAGGGAACCAACUACCGCUAUCAAGCCUGGCAGCCCAUAACCACUGAUCUAGACACAGUCGGCACGAAAGCACCGUACUAUGCCUCCAUCGCAGUCGCCUACAUGACCCGUCGAGUGGGCCGUACCCCCGUAUCGAUAUCCAACAUCCCGCUGUCGGCGGACGUAGCCGAAUCGGCGUACGCAGCGCACUAUUCGUCCCGUGGGAGGAACCAACUCGCUAGGUUGAUGGUGGUCAAUAUGCACGGGUAUAAUACCACUGUUGAUGGAGCGGGUUUGGAGCCGCUUCCUACUCCACCAAAGAGGACUGUUCGCAAUUACAAGUUUCAUGUUGAGGGGGUGAGGGACGGGGUGAGAGCAAGUGUGUAUAGGUUGAUGGCUAAUGGGAGUGAUGCCAUUACGGGGAUCACUUAUGACGGGUGGAGCUAUAACUAUGAUUUGGACGAGGGGAAAGGUGUGAGAUUGAGGAACGUUACGAUUGGGGAGAAGGUUGUUGUGAAGGGGGGACAGGUCGAGGUUGAUGUGGCGGACUCGUCGGCUGUUAUUUUGAGUUUUGGAAAGGGCUGUUGA